UGUGUAAGUAGGGAAAAGGUGGCUAAUUGUUUUUCUCUUUUGUAACUAAGGAUUACAGCCCAGGGAUUUCCCCUGAGUCUGUCACUUCAUGGCUAUUUACCACCAAGUCAAUUUAUUAUGCUUGCAACAGUAGGGUUUUUUUUUUUAUAAUAAAACAGUUUUCCUUUUGUUUUGAUUAACCAGUAUUGUCCUUAGGGUUAGGUGCCUAGUUACCCGGGCAGUGUCCAUAGUUCUCUGCGGAUUCCCUCUGUUUGUUUUCCCAAUUCCAAGCAAAAUGGUUGGGGCAGCGGGAAGAGCUUUGCCUUAGGGAGGGGAUUCCCAUGUGAGCUCUUCCGUGGAAAAGGGUUUAUUUUUAUAUCUUUUUAAGUACACUUGGGUGGUGGCAGCAAAUUUUUAUUUAUCUUUUUUUUUCUUAGAUAUCAAGGAGGCUGAGACCAGAUAAGCUUGUCUCUGGGAGUGCCAAAGACAGGUUUUACAGAGUUUAUUCUGCUAGCCAGGCCCCCAUAUCUGCACACAGUGUGUCAUGUUGGGGGCUUGAGCCAUGACAUGGUGGUAGAAGUGGGAUCAUUUUGAGAACCCAGAAUUUUAAAAGGGCAUGAGUUUUUCUUUUGACUAGUUGCAAACUUUGGAGGGUUUUUUUUCCCUUUCUUCUUUUCUGUUGCUGCCUAAGGCACACCGAAGGUUAACCUGUAAAGCCAGACAGUCCAACCCAAAUCAUUUUUUUUCUAGCUUUCAGGGCAACUGGAUAGCUAGGCUAGAAUAGGGCAGGGAAACAGCCCAGUUCAUUCUUUUGUGGUUGGGCAAAGUAGCCCUAGAGCAACCAACCCUUCCUAAGCGCCACCUCAAGGUGAAAACAGCCUCAGAUCAGGGCAAGAUGCCCAGCUCCAGGGAAGAUUAACACCGCAAGGAAGGGAGACAGGAGGAUGUCCCUGUGAGGUCAAGGGUAAGUAACCUUGAGGGGGCAGGAACAGCAGAGGGCGGCAGCUCUCCUCCUCGCUUACCACUGUCUUCUCUGUGGGAGAGUGCCUUUAAGGCAGACAGACCUCUAACUGAGAAAGAGAUGGAGUUCUUACUACAAGUGAAGCGAGUGGAAGUGGAAAUGAAACACUUAGACAAGGAAGUAGAAAUGGAGGUGAGGAGAGCGGAAGCAGAAGCACAGGCAAGAAGUGCUGGGGUGGAGGCCAAAGUUGUGCUUGAGAAAGCUAAAAGAUCAGAUACUUCAGGAACCCCACCCAACAACCUUGCUCUAGUCACUGUUCAUCACCCCAGGAAACCAGGUGGAAGAUAAUGUAGAGACUUCUUCCUCAACUUUGAAAGGGCCUGUCAGGGGUACAACAUCUCCCCAAUCAGUACAUGAUGGAAUUAUGAUCGCAAAUCACUGGUCCCUUACUGGGGGUGGCAGCCGACAUGCAAGGGGACACCGUAAACAAUUAUGAACUGUUUAAACAAGAGGCCAGAUUGAGGAUGGGCCUCACUUCUGAACAGGCUCGUUCUAGGUUCAGGGGCCUAACGUGGACUCAGGCAGUGCUAUUUCCCAAACACGCCGAUCAUAUAACCAAAACAUGGGAUCUCAGGGGAAAAGGCUAAUACCUGGGAAAAAUUAUUUCUCCUGAUGCAGAUGGAAAAGUUCCUAGCGGGUGUUCCUGGAGAGAUUAGAAGGUACAUGCUAGAUGGAAAACCUAAAACCCUACGAAAGACAGGAGUGCUUGGUGCCAGAUGGGUGGAGCUGAGGGGGAAAAGCAGUAUGGAAAGCAGCCUAUGGGGAACUAGAAGGGACAUCAGGAGGGGGCAUCCUACAACGGGGACCCUCCAAGGUCCCACCUCACAGGGAAAGGCUCUAUACACCUCAAGGGAGGCCACAGACAUUCCCUUGUCUCUCCUCCCCAUCCUCCGGCUACCCAUCUCGCCCCAGGGAUACAUCCAAUGCGAUGUUUUAAAUGCAACGAAGCAGGGCAUGUAAAGGCCAACUGUCCCAAGAGCACCAACAGACUGCAGCUCGUCACACCAGGAACCCUCCAGCCCAGAUGCUGCACGGAUACCCCCAGAGCAAAGGGAGACUGCAUGUGGGUAGAAGGGAGGUUGCUGCAUGGAAGGACACCAGAGCACAGAUGUCAGUGAUCCACCAAUCCCUAGAGGACCCAAAAUUCAUUGACUCUGAGGUCCUAGUCACCAUUCAGCCCUUCAAGACAGACCCUUUUCACCUGCCAACUGACAAGUUACUAGUUAAGUACAAGGAUUGGUCAGGAACUUGGACUUUUGCAGUCUAUGAUGACUACCUUAUUCCUAUGCUGGUCGAGGGAGACUUAGCCAACCAUGUGAACCAGGCUAAGAGGGUGGGAGUGGUCACUCGCAGCAAGAUUAAGCAGGCAUCCACAUCUAAAACCAUUCCUGAGCCUACCAGGGACCAGCCUAUGCACCCAGACACUUCUGCGCCGGAGGUAAUGGAGCCAGACCCCAGGCUAGCAACUACAACAGCAUCAGUGGAUCCAGUUCCUGAACUCCAGGUGGAACUAGCCCAUGAUCUGGAACAGGUGGAGCAGUUAGUACCAGGAUUGGAACCAGCCGCAGAGGGUGCCACGGAGACUGCAGCUGAAUCUGUGCAACAGGCCCCACUAGAGCCUGCAACGCAAGCCAGUGCACCAGCAGAAACUGGUUCCCCACCCGUAGAGGUACCCACUUCACCUGCAUCACUUCCAGAGGGACCAAGCCUGAUGUCUCCAGCAUCGAGAGAGAGUUCCGGGCAGAACAGGAAGAAGAUGAGAGCCUCAAGGGAGCUUGGAUGGCGGGCAGAAGUGAACCACCACCUCUCAGCUCUUCUAAUAGGUCCAGGUUUGCGGUAGAAUGGGACUUUUAUACUAAGAGUCUCUUUUUAGUAGGCACAAGGAGGACUGGCGUUCUCAGAGACAGUUGGUAGUUCCAGCUAAGUACUGGGAAAAGCUCUUGAGCUUAGCCCACAGUCACCCUCGUGGCCUCGUUGGGGUGAACAGAACCAAAGAUCGGUCGAGAAGGUCAUUCUACUGGGAGGGAGUGGGCAAGGUGAUAGCUGGCUAUGUAAGAUGUGCCAACAGGUGGGGAAGCCUUGAGACCAGGCCAAGGCACCACUCCAGCCCCUCCCCAUCAUAGAGGUCCCAUUCUAGUGUGUAGCUUUGGAUAUCAUGGGUCCUUUCCCUAAAAAGACCUCCAAAGGGAAACAGUUCUUUCUAACCCUCGUGGAUUUUGCCACCUGACGGCCAGAAGCAGUGGCUUUAGGAAGCACUAUGGCCAGGAACGAGUGCCAGGCAUUGACAGAUAUCUUUGCCAGGGUAGGUUGGCCAUCAGAGAUCCUCACAUAUUCAGGGACUAAUUUCCUAGUAGAGGCCAUGAAAUGCCUUUGGGAAGCUCACGAAGAGCACCUAGUUGCUACCCCCCUACCAGCAUCAAACAAAUGGCCCGGUGGAAAGAUUUAAUGGGACUUUGCGAGCCAUGAUACGCAAAUUCGUGAAUGAACACUCCAAUGGCUGGGACCUGGCUUUGCAACAGUUACUGUUUGCCUAUAGAAAUGUCCCACGUCCCAGUUAGGUAUUCUCACCCUUAGAACUGAAGUAUGGCCGUGAAGUUAAGGGUCCUUUGCAGUUAAUAAAGCAGCAAUGGGAGAGGGUUACCCCUCCUUCAGGACCCAACAUUUUUGAUUUUCUGCACAACCUACAAAAUACCAUUAGAGACUCUCUAACUCUCACACAAAAGAACUUGCAGGAUGCUCAACAAGAGCAAAAGGCCUGGUAUGAUAAGCAUGCCAGAGAGCGGUCCUUCAAGAUAGGUGGGCAAGUCAUGGUACUGAAGGCACUUCAGGCCAAUAAGAUGGAAGCAUACUGGGAUGGACCAUUCACAGUCCAAGAGUGCUUAGGAGUGGUUAAUUAUCUCUUAGCAUUUCCUGACCCUGCCCUUAAGCCUAAGGUAUAUCAUGUUAACUUUUUGAAGCCCUUUUAUUCCCGAGAAUUCAAGGUUGUUCAGCUUACGGCCGAGGAGAAGGAGAACAUGGAGUGGCCCGAGGAAGCCUACUAUGACGGGAAAGACAGGAGUGGAGUAGAAGAGAUCAGUUACCCAGAGAGAGAAAUUAUUUUAAGGACCCACCCAAGCCCUUAUUGCUCUGUUCUCAGAACAUUUAAUUCUACUGACUACCAGGAAAAAGCACAUUCAACUCUGAUAGGCCACAGACUAAAAACAAUUGGGGCAAGUAAUCAGAUUGUUGCAGUCUUUUUCACUUGAAUACUCUGAAGUGUAAUUAGUAUCACAGACCUGAACAGCAAUAAAGUGAACAAUUGGGGGGAAACUCCUACUGCCUUUGAUGGUGUUUAGCAGAUGAAGUACUUGUAUGAAGGCUAUGACAUAUUGCAUCUUGAUGGAAAAGAUUUCAAUGAUACUACGACUGUCACUUUUUGUCCCAGUCAAAUCACUUUCUGUCUUGUGGGAUUAUCAUUUUCUGUGUAACAAGCUUUAGUCUAUAUGGAUGCAAAGAACUAUAACCUGAUUCCUUAGUGCCUGGCAUCUGCAGAGUCAUUUACACCGGUGCAAAGUAUUACCAUUCUAUGGUAGCAGUGGUUUAUACUCAUUGGGCCAUAUUCCACUCUGAGCUUGUUUUUAAUUUCCUCCAUUUGCUUCGUUGUGUCACCCAUUUAACAUUAUUUAAACAUAUUGUUGUGGGUCUCUUCUGUAUCUACACUGCUGUGGAAUUAUACCAGUGAUGAAUCUGGCCAAGUUUUUAUCUGUAUAAGUAUAUGUUUGGUUUUCUAGGAAAAACUACAAUCCCCUUUUUCAAGCUUUGAGUCAAACUAGCAUAUGCUCUUGUUUAUUAUUCUGUUGCAGCGUAACGGCUGCAGGGGUUGUUUUUAAUGAUGUUUUUAAUGUCUGUGCUUUGAAAAUUUGUUUCUUCUACUGGAUUUAUCCCCAUAUGCCUUUGUCUCUGCCGUAUAGACCAGAGGUGGGGAACCUAAGACCUGCCUUGCCUAGAUCCAGCCCCUAAGGCUUGGGGCUCCCUCUUGGCAGAGGGGCUGGAGCACCAGAGCGGGGUACCCAAUGCUAUCUUCCCAUGGGCUAGAGCACACAAAAUCUAUUAGCCUGGGCCCCCCAGGCUAUAAUGUGCUAGAGGGAUGUGGGGAGUGUCUUUUUCCUUCUCAGUUGGGGAUUACAUCAGUGAGAGGGUUUUUUAGUUCUCACUUUUUUGUGGUCCCUAACUGAUUUUUCUGUGGGUCAGUGGCCCCCAACCCAAAAAAGGUUCCCCACCCCGGAAGACAAAUGAUACAGCUAGAGCCAUUUUCGCAUAUGUACUGAUUUCUCACUUUCAUCAACUACCCAGAGAGUAUGUGGACAGUUGUUAGGUGGGAUUAGUAUUAACAUUUUCCUUGUUAGCAAGUAAAAUUUUUCUUGUCCCAUUGCUUUACAUACUUGUUCAAUUAUCUAUUCGUGGCUGAACUACUGCUUUUUUCAGUAGAUAUGGACUCUGUACACAGAACAGGGAGUUCUGUUGAUUAGCCCUUUUAAUAGAGAGGCAGCAUUUGUACUGUUUAUAAAACUAGGACUUCUAGAUUUUACUGCUGGGCCCACCGUCUGUGGGGCCUUAGGCAAGUCCAUAUGAGAUUUUCAGAUGUGGAGGUCUAAAACUAAAUCAGCAAGUGGCCUGAUUUUCACAGCUGCUUUAGGCUUCCAAAUUUUAAAAUUCGGGGCUUAGCUUCAAAGCCUAGGCCAGCUGCCUAGAGGAAAUGUUGUCAGAGUGUGGUGGUGGUUCCCAUCCAAAGGGAAAGCUGGGUAGUAACAGCUACCAAAGGGAUGUCUACUUCUCUGGCCAUCAUAGUAGAUAGAUCUAUAAUGCAGCAAGGUUAACAUGGCGAAUUCCCAUGGCAAUUCAGAUUAGGACAGGCGAGUGCAGUUAUUAGUUGAGAGCAGUGUUCCCUCUAAACUGGGGGGCAGCACAGCUUCACAGGUGAGUAAUCAGCCCUGCCCAGUCAGAGGUUCUCAGGGCUCCAUGCACAGAGCUGCCAGGGUUGGGCUGAUUAAUCACUUGUGAAACUGUGCUGCCCCGCAGUUUAGAAAAAACACUGGUUGAGAGCGCAAAUUUCAGCAUAUCCGGAUUACCCCGUUCAUUAGGGGUGAGCAAUGUUCCACAGGCACUGUAGUCAGCCGUCCUUUCCAUGAUUGCUUCAUCCAGGGCCUUAGAGGAUAGGUCAACAUGCGGCUGGGAGUGAUCUUCCCGAAAGCCUGAACGCCAGCCCGACCACAGUGUCCCUCCUACUAUUUUGAGGGUCCCCGCUUGAGCCCUUGUGGCACGAACCUGUCUGCCCACUUUGAGACACUCCUGCCCAGUGGUAGUGUAGACAUACCCAGAGACAUUCUGUGCUAACCCAAGGCAGGUGGCAGUUGGUUUGUCUGGGAAGUGGAGAGUACCACCAGCUCUGUCUGUGCCCAGCAGCCCAGAAGAAGAAUCUCCUUUCUGUCAACUAAAACAAGUCCUAUUUCUUUACCGGAAAAGUUACUGCAUUGUACAGCUCCAGGCCCACUGCACUGACUGACCAAAAAGUGCCAAUGUUCCCAUCUGCUCCCUGUUACAUUAUUCUCUUGGGGACCCUGCCAUGCAUUUUAAUCCCAAUUCAACACCAUAAAGCAACACAAUAAAAACACAUUACCCAGUAC